UAGAGCUACUUCCCCCCCUUUGGACAACUAGAGAAGGAUGAAGUGUCCUCCGGUUAACGUGUCUCCUUGUAAACAAUUUGAUUAGAAGUGGAAUUGAGCUUUCUACUUUCUCCCUUUUUUUCUUCUAAAUUACAAUUGUUUCUAAAUAAACAAUAACAAGGUUUGGCUUCUGCAUUUGAUUAUCAAUAUGGCUGAGGGCGAUUCGGAUAUGGACGAUACUGCAAUGUCUGACGAUGAUCCUAAUGAUUCUGAUUAUGAUCAAGAAAAACUGACGUUGAAAGCGAAAAAAAUUAAACGUGGAACCAAUGGGAAAUGGAAACUUUAUUAUGAUACUAGAUGUUUUAAAAAAGAAUGGAUAGACUUAUUUCCAUGGGUUGAAGAAGAUCCAGAUGACCCCAAAUUUGCUAUCUGUAGAGCCUGUAAUAAGAAAAUCAAAGCACACAAAGGUAUAUUGGACACUCAUCAAAAAACUAAAAAGCACUUGAGAAACCUCUCGGGCUCUGAUGAUAUUGAGGAUGACGAUGAGCCCAAAAAGACUGAGAGAUCAACUGACCCUAAAUCAUAUGGAACAACUCAACCUACAGUUGAGCAGAUUCUUAGUGAUGACCAAUUCAGCUUUUUUACUGAAUCUCCAAUAGAUGCGGCACAUCAAGCUAUUACGAAUUUAAUUGACAAGCUGGUUGAGAAAUACCAUGAAAAUAGAGUUGAAAAUCUUAAGGAGCAGAAUGAAACACUUAAACAUUUAAAUCAAGCAAGAUCUCAUUUAGUCCAAUCUGAAAACCAGAGGAAAUUUGAAAGGCGCAUAAUUCAUGAAGCUCAUAAGAGAGAAGCAGAAGCGAUUCAGUUGAAAUUUAUGCAGCAGGAACAUGAGUUGAAGAUAAAUUGCAUGGAAAGAGAAAGGGAUGCUAAACUUAAAGCAGUGGAACAACAGCUUAUGUUUGCUAGACAAGAAUAUGAGAGGAAGGUUAAACUUUUGGAUCAACAACUUCAAUCUAUGAAAUGAAGAAAGUUGAAUGUGUUGUUUUAUAUUAUCAUUCACCCAUUUAUCAUUGAUAAACUUUUCAAGCAAACUGUCAUGUCCCAUUAAUGUUUGAAAUAAACUACUGCAUUUAUUGAAAAUAUAAAAGUUUCUUUCUUUUCUUUCUUUUUUUUUCCCUUCUUUCUUCUUCUUCUUCUUUUUUUUUUUUUUUUGAAUUUAUUGAAAAUGAAAUAUAUUUUUAAGGCAUAAUUGCUGACCCUUUCCCUAUUUAAUUAUUUUGUACCUUAUGUCUUAACUAGUGCUUGUAUAAGUUCUACUGUUAUUUAAGUAUAAAUUUUUCAUUAUUUCAAUUAUCUUAGGUUUAUUUUCAUGUUUACUUACAAAACAUCAAUUUAAAAAUUUGCACUCUUUAUUUCCAUGUGAAAUUUCUACUUUAUCAAAUUAUAUAUUGAUUUACAUAAAUUAUUAUUAUUAUAGUUACUAGUAUUUCUUGUAUAUUAAUAUUUUUCCUUAAAAGAUAAAAAAUUGAAAUAUUUGAUUAUU